AUGGCUCAUGUCAUGGCUUCCUCCAAAUGCCGGCCAAAACCUGAAAAACCCAUACUGUGGGGACAGCCUGAGGGGACCCCACCACCAUAUUGCCCACUGUACCCCUCACUGCCACCUGCACCUCCAGCCGCCCCGGCUUCUGAAACCCCACCGGAGCCUGCCCCUAGUCCUGAGGCCUUGCCUCCUCUAGCACCACCAGCCUCUCUGGACGUGACUGGCUCACUGGGUCCUAACUGCAUACACCCCUGCUGGAAGGCAACUAGAAGAUCAGGCCAGGGAAGACAGUCGCUCCCUGCAGCAACACCAGGGAGCCCUACAGAUGCCACUGAGGGAAACUAG